AUAUUUACUUCCCAUUUCUAAAAUCAUAUAUAUUUUAAUAUAUAAAAUAUAUAUAAACAUGACAGGGGAGGCACCAGCCACCACCGUUUGCGUCACCGGAGCUACCGGAUUCAUCGGGUCAUGGCUCGUCAUGCGCCUUCUCGAGCAGGGCUAUACUGUUCGUGCCACUGUUCGUGACCCUGAGAAUAAAAAGAAAGUGAAGCACUUGAUGGAGUUACCAAAAGCUGAUACGAACUUAACACUAUGGAAAGCUGACCUUAAUGAAGAAGGAAGUUUUAAUGAAGCCAUUGAAGGUUGCUGUGGGGUGUUUCAUGUGGCCACACCUAUGGACUUUGAAUCCAAGGAUCCUGAGAAUGAAGUGAUUAAGCCGACAAUCAAUGGUGUGUUAAGCAUCAUAAGAUCAUGUGUGAAAGCGAAGACAGUGAAGAGGCUAGUCUUCACAUCCUCAGCUGGAACAGUCGAUGUCCAAGAACACCAACAACCUGUGUUUGAUGAAACCAAUUGGAGUGACUUGGAUUUCAUCUAUAAGAAGAAGAUGACUGGUUGGAUGUAUUUUGUGUCAAAAACAUUGGCAGAGAAAGCAGUAUGGGAUGCAGCUAAAAAGAACAACAUUGAUUUCAUCAGUAUUAUACCAACACUAGUGGUGGGCCCUUUUAUCACUCCAACAUUUCCACCAAGCCUAAUUACUGCUCUUUCACCAAUCAUAGGUACAUUUUAAUUUGCAUAUAUAUAU